AUGACGUGCGUCUUCCUGGCCGCCUGCGCCGCGCACUUUCCCGUCGACGACCGCGCGUGGGUUGCCAAGGGCGAGCGGCACCCCGUCGUGGUCCUGAAGCGGGGCAAGGCGCGCUUGUUCCGAGAGGGCAACCCAAUCGUCUUCCCGGGCGCCAUCGACUCGAUCCUCGGCAACCAGCCGGCCCUGGGCGACCCGGUCGUGGUUGCCGACGGCAGCCGCAAACCCAUCGCGUGGGGCGUGUACAACCCCACGUCGCUGUACGCCGUGCGCGUGCUGCAGAGCGAAGCCGCCGCCGUGCGCUGCCCCGACGCCAUCCUCGACCCCGAGGCCGCCAUCAGGAACGCCGUGGCGUCGGCUGCGUCGCUGCGGGGCGUCCUUGGCCUCGGCGUGCAGGGCAGCGGCACCAGCGUGUUCCGUCUCAUCAACAGCGAGGGCGACGGGCUGUCGGGCUUGACCGCGGACGUCCUCGGCGACGUCGUCGUCGUGUCGUGCACCGCGGCGUGGCUCCAGCUGCGCCGCCCCGCCGUCGAGAGCGCGCUGCGUGCCGUUGCCGCCGGCGACGUCGUGUGGCGCACCAACCCCGACCUGCUGCGCCAGGAGGGGCUCGAGAUCGGCGCGGGGGAGAGCGAGGCCGAGCCGGGGAAGGUCGUGGAGGUCGAGGAGAACGGCGUGUUGUACGGCGCGGAGCCGUGGGGGCAGAAGUCUGGGUUCUACGCAGACCAGCGCGACAACCGCGCGGUGGUGCGGUCCCUCGCGCGCGGCCGCGAGGUGCUCGACGUGUGCUGCUACAGCGGCGGGUUCGCGCUGAGCGCGGCGCUCGGCGGCGCGGCGCGGGCCAAGGGCAUCGACAGCAGUGACCAGGCGAUAACGCUGGCGGCGAGCAACGCGGAGCGGAACGGCGUCGCGGACAGGUGCACGUUCGAGCGCGCGGAGGCGGCCGCGUACAUGGACGAGGCGUUCGAGCGCGGCGAGCAGUAUGACAUCGUGGUGUUGGACCCCCCCAAGCUAGCGCCCAACAGGAAGGCCCUCGACCGCGCGCGCGGGAAGUACGUGUCGCUGAACCGCAAGGCGAUGCGGCUCGUCCGCCCAGGCGGGCUGCUGAUGACGUGCUCGUGCUCGGGGGCCGUCGCGCAAGGCGAGGGCCUCGAGCCGAUGGUGCGCACCGCCGCGGAGAAAGAAGGCCGUUCCCUUGCGGUGCUGCGCGAGGCAGGGCCCGGACCCGACCACCCCGUCGACCCCUCCUACCCCGAAGGCCGCUACCUCAGCAACCUCCUCGUGCGCGUCCUCUAG